AUGUCACGCGAAAUGUUCAGUCCGCCGCCUGGUCAAGGGCGUCCACCAGCAUCGGGCUACGAAGAUCGCCGUGAUAGAAGGUCACAGCAGCGUUUCGAUCCCCCUCGCGCAUCAGAGUACGAAGAUUAUGAUGCUCCACGUACUGCCUAUCAGGAUGACCGACCAUAUGCACCGGCCGAUCCUCGACCACACUCCUUCAAUCAAGUUACCCCAUACGACGACAGAGCAGAACCAGAAUGGCCAGAGGACCAGCGAGUUUACACCCAUAGGGUGCCGCCUCCUCCUAGCGACUACGAGCUAGGAAGAAAGCCGUAUCCUCCUACUGGAGGUCGGAUCCCCAAUCAUCGAUAUGACGACAGAACCCACAACGACAGGAGGCCUCACAACGACAGAUACUCCGAUUAUAGCUACUCCGAUGAUAGAUCCUACGACGACGGACCUUACGACAAUAGACCUUGUGACGACAGAUUCUACGACGAUAGAUACAACGAUAGAUCCUACGACGAUAGAUCUUACGAUGACAGAUCUUACGAUGAUAGAUCUUAUGAGAGCCGUGAUCGGGAACGUGAGACUAGACCUCGGCGAGAGCGCCCUGCCGAGGAAGAGUUGAAGGAAAAAGCACUCGGCUACCCAUCUGACCCAAAGAAAGGCGGACGUGAUAUCCUGGGAGGAUCAGAAGGCGAAAGAGGCAUGGCCGCGAAAUUGAUAGGAGGUGCAGGAGGUGCAUUUCUCGGGCAGACUUUCGGGCGUGGACAUACGCUUGAGACUAUAGCCGGCGCUGCAGUUGGUGCCAUCGCUGCCGCUGCUAUAGAAAAGCAGAUUGAGAAGAGAAAGGAGGAGAAGGUCAUUGUACGGCGUGGUCGGGAUGGCUAUGCUGCCACUCCCGCCGGUCCCUUUCCCCAGCCCGGAAGAGACAUGCGGGAUGUCCGUGAGACUGGAAGAGAUGAAGCACCUCAAGGGCUGAAGGAGCGACUCAGGUCGUUGAGCAAGAAAGGACUCAGCAGUCUGAGUGGACGACGACCGACCGAGGAGAGGAGGCGGCGAAGUGACAGCUACAACAGUGUGGACUCUCGCAGACGUGAGAGAUCAAGAUGA